GGCUGAGGGCGGCUCGUCCGCGGCCCUCGCCGGUCCUGCAGCGCCGGUGUCUGCCUCCCGUCCCGUUCCCCCGCACUUCCGUGCCGACCCUCCGCCGGAGCCAUGGAGCUAGGGCGGGCAGGUCGAGCCUGGGUCGCCGUCCUGCUACUGGCGGCCCUGGGAGCGCAGGCCGCGGCGGCAGCGGCGGGGGACUUCGACCCGUACCGCGUCCUGGGGGUCGGCCGGAGCUCCAGCCAGGCCGACAUCAAGAAGGCCUACAAGCGGCUCGCCCGGGAAUGGCACCCUGACAAAAACAAGGACCCAGGAGCAGAAGACAAAUUCAUCCAGAUUAGCAAGGCCUACGAGAUUCUCUCCAACGAGGAGAAGAGGGCAAACUUUGAUCGCUACGGAGACGCUGGGGAGAGCCAGGGCUACUCCCAGCACCAGCAGCGCCAGUUCCACCACUUCCACGAAGGCUUCUACUUUGAUGAGUCCUUCUUCCACUUCCCCUUCAACUCAGAGAGGAGAGACAGCUCUGAUGAGAAGUACCUGCUCCAUUUCUCCCACUACAUCAACGAAAUCCUGCCAGACAGCUUCAAGAAACCUUACCUCAUUAAAAUCACCUCGGACUGGUGCUUCAGCUGCAUCCACAUCGAGCCUGUCUGGAAGGAGGUCGCUCAGGAACUGGAAGCACUGGGGGUGGGCAUCGGAGUGGUUCACGCCGGGUACGAGAGGCGCCUCGCCCAUCACCUCGGUGCCCACAGCACCCCCUCCAUCCUGGGGCUCAUCAAUGGCAGGGUCACCUUCUUCCACAGCGCCGUCCUGCGCGAGAACCUGCGGCACUUCGUGGAGAGCCUGCUGCCGGGCAGCCUGGUGGAGAAGAUUACAGAUAAAAACUACAUCCACUUCCUCUCCAACUGGAAGAGAGAAAACAAGCCUCACGUCCUGCUCUUUGACCACAUGCCAGUUGUGCCACUCUUGUACAAGCUGACAGCCUUCGCCUACCGCGAUUACCUCUCCUUCGGUUACGUCUACGUGGGGCUGCGAGGCACCGAGGAGCUGUCCCGACAGUACAACAUCAAUGUCUACACUCCCACCAUGAUGGUCUUCAAGGAGCACAUUGACAGGCCCUCAGAUGUCGUGCAGGCACGAGAUAUGAAGAAGCAGCUGAUUGAUGACUUCCUUUCCCAGAAUAAGUUCCUGAUGGUGGCCAGACUCACCAGCCAGAGGCUGUUCCAGGAGCUGUGUCCUGUGAAGAAGUCUCACCGACAGCGCAAGCACUGUGUGGUCUUGCUGACUGGAGAAGGUGAGAAGUUUGCUGAGGCUUAUGAGGCCUUUUUGACUUUUGCUGUGGCCAACACGAAGGACACUCUGAAGUUUGUGCACACCUACAACGAUCGGCAGCCCGAGCUGGCAGACGCCUUGCUGCUGGAUGAGGAGAAGUACCGGGGAAGAUCAGCUGUGGUCAUCCUGGAGAGACGAAACAACGCAGGGAAGGUCGCCUAUAAAACUUUGGAGGAGGCCUGGCAAGGUAGCAAAGAGGACAACUUCAUCCUCCUGGAUCUCCUGGAUCAGCUGAGGACAGACCCUGGGCUUCUCUCUUCAGAAACUGUCCUGGCAGACUUGAAUGAUGAACUUGCUCCUAUGUUCCUUAUCCGAUGGUUCUACUUCACGCUGGACUACAUCUCAGACUGCUGGGACAGUUUGUUUCACAGUAACUGGCGAGAGAUGAUGCCGCUGCUGUCCCUGCUCUUCUCUGCUCUCUUCAUCCUCUUUGGCACUGUCAUUGUGCAAGCUUUCAGUGAUUCGAGUGAUACCAGGGACUCUCCUCCCUCUGAGAAAGAGGAAACCGCCACAAAGACGGAGAAGAACGACACCAGCUUCAGCAAAGACAGUAACAGCAGGAUUCCCAAGAAGGGCUUUGUGGAGGUGACUGAGCUGACAGACAUCAACUACAACAGCAACUUGGUGCGCCUCAGGCCGGGUCACAUGAACGUGGUCCUGAUCCUGUCCAACUCCACCAAAACCAUGCUCCUCCAGAAGUUUGCCCUGGAAGUCUACACCUUCACAGGGAGCAGCUCUCUUCACUUCUCCUUCCUCAGCCUGGACAAGCACCGGGAGUGGCUGGAGUACCUGCUGGAGUUUGCCCAGGAUGCAGCCCCCAUCCCGAACCAGUACGACAAGCACUUCCUGGAGCGCGACUACACCGGCUACGUGCUGGCCCUGAACGGCCACAAGAAAUACUUCUGCCUCUUUAAGCCUCACAGAGCAGGGGACGAGGGGGGAACCCUGGGAUCCUGUGAGGAUUAUGACUCCUCACUACACACAGAAGCCAGAGGGAAACCUUCCUGCAGCCCAGGAUCUAGAUCCAUUAAAAACAAGUUACACAAAUUGUCCUUCUGGAUGGAGCGGCUGCUGGAGGGGUCCUUGCAGAGGUUCUAUAUCCCCUCGUGGCCAGCACUAGACUGAGGGGUUUUAAAAGAGAUCCUCAUGGACAAAACUUUUUAUGAAGAUGACCAGGGACAGCUCUUUCCAGGAGCACAUCCACACAAGCCUGAUGAAUGGACCUUAGGUUUUAGAUUGAACUCUCCUCUUAGGGCUGGCGACUAGAAAAUAAUCUCCCCCUGUGUCUGGAGCCUGGGAGUGCAGCCAAGCACCCCAAAAUCCCAUCCACCACCUCCUCGUGCGUUUGGACACCAAACUACCCCAGAGCCAAGCAGUCUGGUAACCCCUCCUUGUCCUGACAGCUCAUCCUUGUUUGACCUCAGCUGAAGAAAACAGACCUGUGACUCCUCUGCUGCGGCGGCUCAGUGCAGACCAGGUCCCGGUUGUCUCUCUCCUUCCUUCCCCGUGUGCUUAGCCCAUGGUGCAUGGUGUAACACUGGCAAGAACCUGCAGACCUUCCCUGGCCCUGCCCAUCUGACAGGUCUCCUCCCACCAGGCAGUGGUACUUUUAUCAGCCUCCCCUCCGUGGUAAGUGAUGUGGAGCGUGGUUGGGAGCACCUCCCCCGUAGCCAGGCUGCAGCUGGGACUCGCCUGUGGCGCAGGCUGGCAGGAGAGCUGCGUGGUUCACGCUCCUCUUCAUCCUUCCAGCUGCAGCUGGCAAGGGAUGGGGUUUGGCACAGAAUCUUGUCAAGGGGUUGAGCCAUUUUCAGUGUCACCUGGAUUUUUUUUCAGAUGCCUUUCUCUGCUUCUGUCGAUCUUAGACGAUGUCUCCUAGAGCCAUAACUUUUGUGUCCUCAGAUCGUAGGCGUGAGCUGCUAUGAGCCAGUAGAUGUGUAAGAGAAACUCCACCUAGCUGCUAGGGAGCUGAUCUGAGCUCCUUCCAAGCACCCUUACGUCUGUAGUACAAAGCAACCUUUCUUUGUAUCAAGGAACCUAAUUCUUCAAUGAUUGUAUCCUUGAAACCUUGCCCCAGAAGUGCUGGAUCAUCAGACCGUCGCUCGCCUGUGAAACUCCCUUUUGGUGUAGGCCUGGCUGGGAGAUCUUUGGUUUCAGCCUCUCACCUCUUUCCUCCUCAUCACAAAGCUUUGUUCCUCUGCAGGCAGGCUGCUGCUUGGGUUUCUCUUUGGUUGCAUUGGGGUUUUGUUUGGGGUUUUUUGGUCUUUUUGAACACUUAGGUCUGUGUGAAGCUAAAGCAGUCGCAGGGUUUGGGUUCUGCUUUGCUCCAGCAGACACUGUCAACACCAUGUAGGGGGAAGAGGAGGACUUCUGCAAGGCAGAGGGAGAAAAGCAGCACACUUGAGGCUGCUUUCCACUCCUCAAGUGAGAAAGCAAAGCUGCAGGGUUUAGCUUUGUGGCCAGGACUGAAGUCUCAAGGGGUUUGUUCUUCCUUUUUGCUGCUCCAGGGCAGACCCCAGCACCUUGGUCCUCAUCUCUCUGCCCAGCCCCCACGGUACCGAGUCACUGUUGGGCUCCAGCACUGCCAAAGCAUGGGGCAGCUGCCACAGCAGGGCUCUGACCUUGACUUGGUCAAGCAUGUGGUGUUAACUAAAAGCUCACUCAGCGCUCACCACCUUAGUUACCAUCUCUGUGGAGCAGCCAGGUGGCAGGAAUGACAGUGCCAACCCCUGAGCUCGCUGCCCAUCCCAUAGGAAAAGUCAUCUCACUGCCACCGUGCCCUAGCUGCUCACAAAGCCCUGGCUUGCUGCGCCCCUCCCCGCCCUGGGAGCAGAUUGGUGUGCUCCAGCCACCACAGGAACCUCCACCACCAUCUGUAAUCUACUUCCAAAUAAAGGCUACAAUGCUACCAACCAACCCCCUGUGAGGUUACUUAAUUUUAGCUGCAGCUUGAGUGAGGCACUAAAGCUUAGGGGAGGAAGGAAGGUGAGGGCUUCUCCCAGCCACAGGGCUCUGAGGUGCACAGGUUCUGCUGAAACAGAGCUGGAGGGAGAGCAAAAGCCCAGCCUGAUGCUGCUAGACUGCAUUUUCUGCUGGCUGGAGCAAUGCCUCUGGCUCUCCUAUGCUUUUCCUGCAGUUUUCCAUGUGGGAUGUGGCUAGAAUAGGGUUUAGCCCAGUGGAAGGCUCCACUUAACUUUGCAAAGCAAACCAAUUCUCUCUGAUUCUCUGCUGCCUCUGCAGGUGGGGAGAAACCAGGAGCAAACUCUUGACAAAGUGCCUGGUUGUGCCUCAGCAAAGGAAUUCAGCCCUGCCCCAGGCAGGGCCUUCAAAACACAGCUCCUGGGCCACACUCCAGCUGCAGUCUUGGUUUGAAUUGUCUCAGAGCACAGGUGAGGCCCUCUUGGAAGCAGAGCUUUGCUGAAGGAGCACUUGCAGGAGUCCAGCCUCCAUUUCCUGUCUGGCUGUAGCUCUGCUGUCAGCCCUUGUGCUCAGCUCAGACUCUCUUGCCCUGUGUCCCUUCUAGAGGAAAACUUCUCUCAGUGGCUGAAGCAACCCCCAAAGUGUCCUAACUCCCUCAGUUAGUUCCCUUUGGUGUCAGUGGUGGAGCAGCAGCUGCCUGACUGCUUGUAGAGAGCAUGGGGUGCAGGCUGCUUGAUGCCUGAGCUCCAACUGCCCUCUCCCAGCAGCUGGGAGUCAGCACCCCCAGGCCAUUUCCUAGCUCACAGCACUCGACCUCUCUUGGUCAGCAGAAUGCUUUUGUUCUGCACUUGGUGGUUGAGAAUCCAAAGAUGGAGGAAUCCAGCCCUAGGGCACUGUCCCUGUGGCAGCUGAGCAAUCUCACACCACUGGGCAACUGAAGCCAAGGGAUGCAGACCCCCAGCCAAAGGCUUGGCCCACAGCUGCUCCCUGGGCUGAGUGUCGUGGGCAUCUGCCUGCUGCUGCUCCCUCUGGCACCAAAACCUGCCAGGGAAGAGCAGCCUGGGCACAGGACUGGGACCUAGGGAGAUCAUUUUGCACUUUUGAUACUGGGAGUGUGGGAGGGAAAUUAACUUAUUUGGCAAAGUUGUCUUUGUUUGUUUGGUUUUGCCUUUGGUUUGGUUUUGUUUUCUUUGUAUAGUGACAGGCACUGAUGUCAUUUGGUUUUAAGAUGAUUACAGAUUCACAACCAAAAUAAACUAUUUUAACCUGGGA